AAAAACGAAAGCGCCGAAGAGAAAAUGGCCACACCGAAGUCCGUUCCUAAAGAUGCACAGGUAAUGAUCCAGAUACUCAAAGACAUGGGCAUCACGGAGUAUGAGCCUAGAGUGAUCAAUCAGAUGUUGGAAUUUACCUACAGAUAUGUGACGACCAUUAUUGAGGACGCCAAACUUUAUGCCACACAUGCCAAGAAGUCCAAUGUGGAUGCUGAUGACAUUAAGCUGGCUAUCCAGUGUCGCAUGGAUCAGUCCUUCACCUCACCACCACCGCGAGAUUUCCUGCUGGAAGUGGCCAGGCAAAAGAAUCAGACUCCCCUCCCCCUGAUCAAACCCUAUACUGGCCCUCGCCUGCCUCCAGACCGCUACUGUUUGACGGCUACCAACUACAGGCUCAAGUCCAUCCAGAAGAAGGUGACGCCCUCAGCGGGUAGAAUAACAGUACCACGCCUCAGUGUCGGGGCGGUUGCCAGCAGACCCACUACCCCAACUCUUGGUACUCCUUCCGUUCAGUCUGUCACCACCAAAGUCGGAGCUCCUAUCUCACUGACCGGCCAGCGCUUCACGGUUCAGAUCCCCACCCCCCAAACAACUGUGUCCAAGACUGCCACGUCGUCCGCUCCUACGGUCCAGAAUGUCCUAAUCAACCCCUCUCUGAUUGGCUCGAAGAAUAUCCUAAUCACCACCAACAUGGUGUCACAGAACUCUGCCAGUGAAUCACUGAAGAGGAAGCACGAAGAUGAUGACGACUAUGAUACUUUAUGACCUCAAUGACCAGGGGUUAUUUUUGCGGAAUAUUCACAUGUAUACACUUUACGUGAUAUGCAUUGUAAGGCAUCAUAAGCACAUUUUAAACAUGUUAUAUUCAUAGUGCUCAGAAUACACACUACUGUGGGAAGAUAAUGCAUUCAUAUAUGAACAUAUUGCAUUAUUAGCUAUACGUAAUGUUUAUUUAUACAUGGAAAGCUUGCUGAACACAGAUGCGCUUUUCAACAGCGUGUUCUGCUCCACAUUCAUACGAUCCCACACAUUUCGAACUGGAUGCUGCCCUUUUUAACUACGCUGUUGGCCACUGCGUGCUUGCCUUGUGCCAACAGACUUGCAUUGGAUAUUACAUGGUUCAUAAUGCCUCUACUAAAUAUCUGCCCUUGACAUGCUGGUUUUUUUGUCAACUAUUGUGAACUCAAAAAAUGAUAAUGAACAAAUUUGAUAUGAUUGCGCCAAGAUUAUUUUUACCAUAUAACUGUACAUUGGUAAUUUCAACAGCCUUAACUUACGCAGAAUUACAAUAAAGAACAUCCUUGAUGGUAUUAUAACCUUUACACCAUAGUUGCAGCUUGCCUGCUGUUAAAAUAUCGCCUUUUAAAGUAUUGUAAAUGUGGAAAAAUAAACAGGAGAAAAAAAGAUUUCCAACUCAGUCCCUGGUUACAAAAAGAGUUGCUAUAGAAACUGGCUAGGUGUGUGUAAAGCCAUUCACAGUGUGUUCAUGAUGCCUUAUAAGCAACACAUCAAGUUCAGUGUUAAAUUAUACUGUAAAUAUACUAGAAGGUCAUUCUCACAUUAGUUCCCCUCAUGUGAACAUUAUGUAAACUAUAGUGUUUUGUCUUGUCUGCCACUUUCUUAAUAAAUACAAAACCU